AUGGUUAAUACAUGUGUUCCAAGAUCACUAACAAAAGAGCAAGAUAGAGGUCGGGUGGCGUCGGUUGGUUGUUUAGUGUUUGAGGAGAAGCGCGGCAUGUUUGAGGCGCAGAUGAGAGCGCAAGGUGUCUAUACGGCUGUAGGUCGCCGGGCAGUAGGGGCAAAGGGACCGCUGGGCAGUGUGCGAGUGGAAGUGAUGCCAGCGGUUGGAGACCUCCUUGCCGCAAGACUUGCACCGCCAGAGGGCGGUGCUCUCGGUGGCCGCUACGAACAUGCUGUGAUACGAGUACUGCGCCGCCGGCACCUGAGGCCGCUCUGCAAUAAACGCGCUUGCCCGUCACCACGGCGUACAGUCUUAUUUCUAGGCUGA